AUGACCCUGAAACUCUCCAAAAGGUUGCAAUUGAAAAACCCAGAUGGCCCAAAUGCUGUUAUUGAUCUUCUCAGGAACUAUGGGUUCUCGCGGACCCAAUUAUCAAUCCUUGUCAAGAAAAAACCUUUUCUGCUUUUUGCAAAACCUGAGGAAACCCUUUUGCCAAAACUCAUGUUCUUCCAUUCUAUUGGGUUUUCAACAACUGACCUCCCCAGAAUAUUCAUUGGAAACCCUUCAUUUUUACACACAAGCUUGAAGAACAACAUUAUACCUCGUUAUGAGAUCAUCAGGAGUCUACUACGCAGUGAUAAGGAAGUAGUUUCAACUUUGAAGCAUGUGGGAUGGAGCUUUCGCAGUUGUGCGGUAAUAACUGAUUCAGUUGCAAACAUAGAGGCUUUGAGACAGCUUGGCCUUCCUCAAGGUUCCAUUUCUCUCCUGGUAACCAAUUUUCCUCGUGUGGCAUUCAUGAAGCAUUCGAGAUUUGUUGAGGCUGUCGAGACAGUGAAGGAAAUGGGGUUUGAUACUUUGAAAUCAAAUUUUGUUUUAGCACUUCAAGUACUUGCAAAGAUGAAUAAAGCAAUGUGGAAGUUGAGAGUAGAGGUUUUUGAGAGGUGGGGCUGGUCUAAAGAUAUCUGUCUUCUAGCUUUCAAAAAGAAUCCCCAGUGUAUGAUGCUGUCAGAAAAGAAGGUUAUGAAGAUACUAAGCUUCUUGGUGAAGGAUAUGGGUUUUCCCUCAGAAGACAUUGCUGGAUGCCCUGUGAUUCUUAAUCGCAACUUGGAAAAAACAUUGAUCCCUAGAUGUGCAGUUGUUGAAAUUUUGAAAUCAAGGGGUUUGAUCAAGAGAGAUUUGCGCAUAACUAGCUUUAUGUCGAUUAGUGAGAAAAAGUUUUUGGCGAGAUAUGUGACCCGAUUUCAGAAAAAAGUGCCACAACUGUUGGAUGCAUACAAAGGUCAGAAGUCAGAUAGAUCAUCUUGA